CUCUCUACUUCCCGAUGGCACCUCGCUUCUUUCAGAAAGUGAAGGACCUCGCAACGUCCAGCAGCAGCGGCAGCAGUAUCAGCAACUACCAAGGAGCCCAAAGCAACAGCGGUAACGGGACCACCAGAAUGGCGCAGACGGGCAAGGUCAAUGUGGCCUACUUCACCAAUUGGUCCAUCUACGGGCAAAAGUACCACCCCAGCAAAGUGCCGUGCUCGAGCCUAACGCACAUCCUCUACGCCUUUGCCGAUAUCAAAGACGACGGCACCGUCUUUCUCACCGACGCCUGGUCCGACGUCGAUAUCCACUACGAUGGCGACUCCUGGGAGGAUCAAGGCAAGAAGCUGUACGGCAACUUCAAGCAAUUUGCCCUGAUGAAGCGGCGGCAUCGCCAUCUCAAGCUGCUCUUGUCCAUCGGUGGCUGGACCUAUUCGUCGCACUUCAAGGCCGUCCUCACCCCUUCGGGCCGGCAGCGCUUCGUUGAGAGCGCCAUGAAGAUCCUCGAAGACGUCGGUCUUGAUGGCCUCGACGUUGACUGGGAAUACCCGCAGAACGCAGGCGAGGCUCAAGCGUAUGUCGACCUGCUUGCGGCCCUGCGCCAGGCCCUGGACCAGCGCGAGCAAGCUAUGGGCGAGGCAAAGCACUGGCUCUCGAUUGCUGCCCCGGCUGGCGAGGCUCGCAACAAGCUCAAAGUCAGAGAAAUGGACCGGUACCUGGACUUGUGGAACUUGAUGGCCUAUGACUUUACCGGUACCUGGAGUGACACGGCCUCCCAUCAUGCCAACAUCUUUGCCUCGCCGCAAGCCAGGACACCGAUGUGCGCCGAUGAAGCCGUCAGCUUCUUUGUCAACCAGGGCGUCAAUCCGGCAAAGAUUGUCCUGGGUAUGCCUCUGUACAGCCGUGCAUUUGCAAACUGCCACGGACUGGGCUCCAACUACCAGGGCGUGCCCGAAGGCGGGUCGGAGCCUGGGCUGUUCUUCUACAAGAAUUUGCCGCUGCCUGGCCAUCAAGAAUACUUUGACGAUAAGGCGUUGGCAUGGUACUCGGUCGACCCCAGCGGGAGCCAGGUUGUAUCGUACGAGGGCCCCACGAGCGUCGACGCAAAGGCAGACUACAUCCACCGCAGAGGCCUCGCCGGUGCGAUGUGGUGGGAGUUGGGCGGCGACGCCGAAGACCCACAGAGAGCCCUUGUGCCCAGGGCUGGCUUCCGGCUGGGCGACCUCGAUCAAAGCAGCAACAAUCUUCACUUCCCUGGCUCGCAGUACGAGAAUGUCCGAAGUGGCCAGAUCUAGGUCUUGUUCACUCUUCACUUUUCCCACGGACAAUACGACAAUUCAAUGACGAAUAGCGCUCAAUGUCUCUUUUGAUUACGCUUUCUAUGGAGGACGGUGGUUCACAGACAAGUCUAGUGUUCAGAGGCAUACGCGGGAUUGGUUAUGUCCGCAACGAAGGCAAUCAGCAGCCUGCCUGAU